UCCGAAGCUCGCCCUAAUACGGAUCUUUCGUCGCGCUUGGUUGAGUGUAAGCUUGAGGAUCGCCACAACUGUGCUCUAGACAACUAUCCGCCUUCCAACCCGACCGCGAAAAGAGCGUGGAAGGCAGUGAGACUGCCAAGCAUUCGCUCUCGAACAAGCUACGGACUACUGCUGAUUUUACCAUUUCAAGAUGGCACCACAGGGCCUUCCGGAGGAGCAGCUGCACAGGAUUUUGCAAGAAAUUCAAACACAGGCGAUCACAGCGCAACGGCAACUGAAUAUGGUUCGGGCUCAAGUGGCAAGCAAAGAUCGGGAGAAGAGGAUGCACGCCUUGACCCUAAAACAGAUUGAUGAGGAGAAAGAUGCAAUCGGAUUAUAUCGCGGCGUCGGAAAAAUGUUCAUGAUGGAGGACCGAGAUGUUCUGCUGAAGGAGCUACAUGCGAAGGAGAAGGAUGCGGCCGAAGAGAUCUCAAAUCUCACAAAGAAGCAAAAGUUCCUCGAAAAGCAAUUUUCAGAUUCACAAGCGCAUCUGAGAGACAUAUUCAGCGGCAUGGAUCGACAGGCGGCAUCAGCAUGAAAUGCGCAACGAAUACGAUGCAUUGUGACACUGCUGCAACUUUUGUGUACUUGUAUCUCAUCCUACAAGGUCAUCCUCGCA